AUUUCCGAAACCAAAAUUUACCAAACCAGUUACAGUAGUUACCAUUCAUUUCAGUAAUCCAGAAAGAAAGAACUUAUUUCUUUCCAUUCUUAGUUUCUUACUAUGAAUGAAGCUAACUAAUUCUCUUCCGUUAGUUAUCAUAUCAUAGUUUUGCCAACAACAUCAACUGUUGCUGUUGGAAACAUUUGCCGGAACAAAUGGCAACGUUUUCAAUCGCAACAAACUUGUCCAUGUUCCAAAAUUCACGAAAUUCUAAACUUUCAUCUCAUCCUCUUCACACAAUUCAAAAUUCACUGACACAAUCACAACCCUUCUUCACUUCUUCUUCUUCUUCUUCUUCUUCUUCUUCUUGUAGAACCAGAUUUGGAGUUCCCAAUCCCAAGUUACUCCGUAAUAGUGUAUUGGCACGUGCUGAAGAUAAAGCUAGAGAUUCAAACUCUUCUUUUCAGCCUCCACAAAGUUCCCAAAAACAGUUCCAGGACUUGACAUCAGAAUCUGGAACUUGUGAUCCUCUAUGUUCAGUUGAUGAAACAAGCUCACAAGAUUUUGAAGAUAACUAUCAGCCCAAGACUGAUUUGCUUAAAGCAGUUGCGGUAUUUGCCGCAGCUGCAACUGGGACAGUUGCAAUUAACCAUUCUUGGGUCGCGGCAAAUCAGGAUCUUGCUAUGGCAUUGCUAUUUGUAAUAGGAUAUGCAGGCAUCAUAUUUGAAGAAUCUCUAGCAUUCAACAAAAGUGGGGUAGGACUAUUGAUGGCUGUAAGCUUAUGGGUGAUACGGAGUAUUGGGGCUCCAUCAACUGAUAUAGCUGUCUCAGAGCUAUCUCAUGCAUCUGCCGAAGUCAGUGAAAUAGUGUUCUUCUUGCUUGGUGCAAUGACCAUUGUUGAGAUAGUUGAUGCUCAUCAAGGAUUUAAGAUAGUUACGGACAAUAUAAAAACCCGAAAGCCACGCCUUCUCCUUUGGGUGGUUGGAUUUAUUACAUUUUUUCUCAGUUCAGUUCUGGACAACCUUACAUCCACCAUAGUCAUGGUUUCUCUGUUGCGGAAAUUAGUACCUCCAUCAGAGUAUCGAAAGAUUCUUGGAGCUGUUGUUGUAAUAGCAGCAAACGCUGGUGGUGCUUGGACUCCUAUUGGCGAUGUCACAACAACUAUGCUGUGGAUACAUGGCCAAAUAACUACAGUGCAAACAAUGAAGGAUUUGUUUUUGCCUUCAGCCAUUUCUCUAGCUGUUCCACUGGCUCUAAUGUCCUUGACUAGUGAAGUUAAUGGCAAGGGGCAGGAUUCUCCCGAUGUCUUGGCAUCUGAACAGAUGGCUCCUCGGGGACAGCUUGUUUUUUCGGUGGGUUUAGGAGCUUUGAUUUUUGUCCCCGUGUUCAAGGCCGUCACAGGUUUGCCUCCGUACAUGGGGAUGUUGCUUGGACUUGGCGUUCUUUGGAUCCUUACUGAUGCAAUCCAUUAUGGUGAAUCUGAAAAGAGAAAGAAGCUUAAAGUGCCACAGGCACUAUCAAGGAUAGAUACUCAAGGAGCACUAUUCUUCCUUGGAAUUCUAUUAUCUGUUAGCAGCCUGGAGGCGGCAGGUAUUCUUCGGGAAAUAGCAAAUUACCUUGAUGCUCAUGUCCAAAACAGCGAACUAAUUGCAAGUGCUAUUGGUGUCAUAUCUGCGGUAAUAGACAAUGUUCCAUUGGUUGCUGCAACUAUGGGAAUGUACGACGUCACUUCUUUCCCUCAAGAUUCUGAGUUCUGGCAAUUGAUUGCAUUUUGUGCUGGUACCGGUGGAUCCAUGUUAGUUAUUGGCUCAGCUGCUGGAGUUGCAUUCAUGGGGAUGGAAAAAGUGGACUUCUUUUGGUACUUUAAAAAGGUUAGUGGCUUUGCUUUUGCAGGUUAUGCUGCUGGUAUUGCCGCAUACUUAGCCGUUCAUAACCUCAACAUCUCCCUACCAACAACUCUAGCCGAGGUUCCUUUUCUUUCUGGUUCUUAAAAUGAGAAUUUCGGCAUCGAAAGCAGGGUUGUCUCAAUAGUCAGAAUCGUCUAUACAAACCAUAGGUUAUGAGGUUUUAUAUGUACCUAUAUGUAUAGGGAGCGUAUCAGCAAAGGGUUUGAGAGGUUAGAUAAGCUCAUCUUGGCCAUCCAUGUAAUUCGAGAUUGAGUAGUCAAGAUUAAUUCCUCGCAUUCUAUGAUUGGAUUCACCCCGGAUAUUGUUAUUACAGUUGCACCUCAUGUCAUGUCAAAACGCCCUGAAAUAUUUGCAUCAUGAGGAUUCAACAUUUGAAACUCAACCCAGCAAAUGACCUCUUUACAUAUAUAGAACCUUUAAAUGUGAUGCAUGGGAUGUAUUCUUUGUCUACAGAAAUGCUCCAAAAAAUAUUCAUUAUUUCAAAUAAAAUCACGAGUUCUACUAUUA